AUGCCACCGACGUUCCCGAGCAUAGCUGCCCUAUUUCGUCAACUGGAGAGAAAAACAGUAAACUCGUCCUCGACUUACACUCCAGACGCAAGAACCGCACACAGCGAUUGGGAUUCCAAGAACAUCUUCUCAGAUGUAUUGCCACUGUCAACCAUCAUGAGAUCGCCAUGCACUACAGCCGACCCAGGCGAUCGAACACAACACGUACCACCACACACAGGCGACAAUGUCUUUCCUUGCCAUCCUCUCUUCAAUCGCCUUGUCCGCUUCGCACAUGCAGAUCCACCGCGGACCUGCAUUCGAGAUGUCAACACAGGCGUCGAAGCAACUCAUCUCCAGCUCCUGAGCGAUGUCUUGGCCUUUCGGUCUCGAGUCUGGUCGAACCUAAGUUCUCCAACUAGACAAGCUCUGACUAACCGCGAGGAAGUCUACAUCGCGAUUUUGGCUGGAGGUGGAUAUGAGUUCGCCGUUGCGAUCCUGGCGGCGUUGGCAUUGGGAUCAGCAGUAGUGCCCAUGACCACCGCGCUUCCGCCCGAGGAAGCACUUUACUUUGCGCAAAAGUCCCGCGCGGCUGCGCUCUUAGUAUCUUCAGACGCGUUACGACUUGGUCUGUCGCUAGAAAAGCUGGUCAAGGACCGCGACGCAAGCUCGCUUUUCAUCUGCAUACCGGUAGCGCCUUCCCUGCAAACGCCACCUCUGCGACCAUCGCAGAUUAUCGUCUCCUCGGAUCGGUUUCUCGAUGAUAACGCGCCGGGUGUGGUGAUCUUCACCUCAGGCACGACCGGCCCACCAAAGGGUGCCGUGAUGCGGCGAGCCUUCGUCCACGAUGAAGCGAUGAGUGUGGUCGACCAUUACGGCAUAACCUCCAACGAUGUGUGUCUUCACCUCUUGCCCGUGCACCACGCGACCGGAAUUGGGAUGAUGUUCUUUCCUUGGCUGAUCUCUGGGGCCUUGAUGGAGUUCCGAAGUGGUAGCUUCGAUUCCAAGUGGACGUGGGAACGAUUGCGCAAAGGAGGAGUGACAUUCUUCUCAGGAGUACCGACAAUAUACAUGCGUAUGAUGCGAUACUUCCAGCAGCACAUUUCGUCGAAGCCGGAUGCGCAAAAUUAUGUUGACGGAGCGAGGAGUCUCAGAGCGUGUAUCUGCGGAACAUCGGCACUUCCCAAACCUAUCGCAGACUUCUGGCGAGGGCUUCUCGGCAAGAAUAUUCUUCUCAGAUAUGGCAUGACCGAAACCGGUGCUGUCUUCAGAGUCCGCAUAGCAGACAAAAGCGUACCCGAUGGCUCAGUAGGUAAUUUGUUGCCCGGUUGUGAAGUCCAACUAUCGGAGGGGGACCAAGGGGAAGUGCUUGCCAAGUCGCCAGGGAUGUUCUCGAAAUUCUUGUUUGAUCCCGAAGCGACCGCUGUUUCGCAUACUGAAGAUGGGUUCUACAGGACGGGUGACAUCGCUCGAAAAGAAGGCGAUUACUACUUUAUCAUGGGAAGAGCGAGUGUCGACAUAAUCAAGUCCGGAGGGUACAAGAUCAGUGCUCUCGACAUCGAGCGUGAGAUACUCGCCUUGCCCUACGUCGCCGAAGUCAUGAUCGUAGGAGUUCCCGACGAUGAGUAUGGCGAGCGGGUAGCUGCAGCCCUUUGCCUGAAGCACGAAGGCGAUCUGCCUGUAGCAGAGAAGAAGUUUGCGCUGCGAGAUCUCAGCAUACAGAAGCUUCGGCAAGACCUUCGCGACCGGUUAGCAGGCUAUAAGAUGCCCACUGUCUUGCGCGUCAUACCUGGCGAGUUGCCGAAGUCCGGGACUGGAAAGAUUGUGAAGAAGACCUUGGGACCGCAGUUCUUUCCUCCAGACCAGUAUACGAACGUGUCAGAAGUUCAAGUCUGGGAAAAGGCCAAGGCAAAGCUAUGA